AUGGACUCAUACUCGUCAUACAGAGAAGGGGGUGCGCGUUCUCCCAGCGAGAGGACUUGGGCGCGUGAUGAAUCAAGAGGCAGAGAGGACCGGGCCGAGAAGCCCUACCGUGCGAGGUCGCCAGGCCAGGAUCGCCGAGAUCGACGCCGCUCUCGAUCCCCCAGCAACAUCGAUCGCUACGAACCCAGAUCACGGAGAGAUGACCGCGACGACCGCCGUCGCAUUGGCUCACCCCCUGCGAAUAUCGAUCGCUAUGUUCCUGGUCAGGAAAACAGCGCUCCGACCCCGGUCCAAAACCCCCUAACCGAUCCUGGCCGUCUCCCGUACCAAGUGGGAUUCUCCUACUACAGCGAGUGGUGGAGAAUGAACGAGAAGGUCAAAGAGGAAAAGGAAAGGGCUAGGACUGGUCGUCGUCGCGAACCUGAGAGGGCCCGAGGUGCUCGGGAAGUUGCAGAGGAGCGUGAAAAAGAAAAGACAAGGAUUCAGGCUGCCUACAACACGUACAAAGAAGACCUCCAAGCAAAAAUGGCACGCACCUUCGUCUCGGAACAUAAAAAAGAGCAAUGGUUCAGGGAAAAAUACGUCCCGGAAGUGAGGGACGCCUUCCGAUCCAAGCUCAAUGAAGUUAGGCGCAGUGCUUACCAUCAAUGGGAGCAAGAUCUGGAGUCGGGUACUUUUGACGAAUUCUCCCUCGAGGGCAUUCCUAAGGCCGACAGUAAUGGAGCUGGCGGAGUUGCUGAGAAGGAGGAAGGCGAAACAACGGCUGCAAGCGAGAUUCUCGGAGUCGGUGAUCUCAAUCCUGGCAUUGGUGCCGACAUUCGAGACGAGAAUCAGUUUCAGCCAACUCUCCUGAUCAAAACUAUUGCCCCUCAUGUUAGUCGAGAAAACCUGGAAUCUUUCUGCAAGGAGCAUCUUGGGGAAGAAGAGGGUGGCUUCAAAUGGCUGUCUCUAUCUGAUCCCAAUCCCAGCAAGCGAUACCAUCGUAUCGGUUGGGUAAUGCUCCACCCUGCCUCUGAGACUGCGAUGGCUAUAGAUAGGCCUGACCCCAAGGAUGUUGACGGUGACGAGCCACUCAGUUCGCCCAAGCCGGUCUCGACCGCUGAAAAGGCUCUGGAGGCUGUGAAUGGCAAGACAGUCAAGGACGAGGUUCGAGGUGACUUUGUCUGCCAUGUCGGUGUUCACACUCCUCCAGCUAGUCCUCGAAAGAAAGCUCUCUGGGACUUGUUCUCUGCACCUGAAAGGGUGGAAAGAGACCAUGAGCUCGUACAGCGCUUGGUGAACUAUUUCGAAGAAACCUUCGGCUCUGAUUUCCAGGCGAUCCUGAGAGUAGAGGAAAAGGUAGAGAAUUUGAGAAGCGCAGGUCGCCUUCAGCCCCCGGCUCCUACGACCACAGCCUCCAAGUCGACCAAGACUCGUGUGCCUGAUAAUGAUGAAGACAUGGACGCUGAAGUUGGCACUGUGCAAGAGGAGGACGAAGAGGAAGGCGCAAUUGAAGAUGAAGAGGUUGACGAUGAGGCUCUUCUCGUGAAGAAGAAGGAGCUCGAUCUUUUGAUCGAGUAUCUGCGACGAGUAUUCAACUUCUGCUUCUUUUGCGUGUUCGAAAGUGACUCGGUUCAUGAGCUCACUCGAAAGUGUCCCGGCGGCCAUCUCCGCCGUCCUCGCUCCACUCUAUCAUCUGCUGCUCGAGCCGUAGCAAGAGCUAGCGCCAGUGGGGAGCCUUUCCCUGAAAAGAAGAAAGGCGAUAGCAUGGAGGAAGGUGAAGAUGGAGAGGUGGCAGACCUUGAGAAUAAAAAGUUCCGGGGUUCUACCAAUAAAGGCGAACAGCAAUUGCUCCGAGCCUUCAACUGGGUUAAGACUUUUGAAGACAAGCUUAUGCAGAUUCUUGACCCACAGGCUGUUGACAUUCGGAAGCUUGGCGGACGCCCCAUCGAAGAGGCUAUUGAUGAAGAGCUAUUGAAACACGUCAAGCAAGAGGACGAACACAAAUGGAGAUGUAAGGUUCCUGAGUGUACGAAACUCUUCAAGGAGGAGCACUUCUGGAAGAAGCAUGUGGAGAAGAGGCAUUCAGACUGGCUCGAGGGCCUCAAUCAGGAGUUCGAGCUUAUAAAUGCCUACAUUUUGGAUCCGGCGCAUAUUGCUCCAUCGAGGACUGACGCGAACUCUAAUGGACACUUCCCUCAACCGAAUGGACAAACCGCCCCUGGCACACCGAGAGGAUUCAAUCUCCAAAACUUCUCAAUGAAUGGCAUGAUGGUCCCAGGCUUUAACAUGGCAGGCGGCAACUUCCCUCCUUUGUUUUCUGGGAUGCAGGCUGGGUGGAACGCCAUGGGAGAUGACCGUUCAGGAGGACCCAUCCGCAGGGGAGGUAUGGGUGGUAAUCGCGGCCAGUUCCGAUCUGGACCAUACGACCGCCGUGGUGGAAGAUAUGACGGUGGUAGAAAUCGCACAGGCGGGUCACGCUGGGGCGAUGGCGCAGGUGCAGCAGCAGGUGGGCCAAGGGAGGCAGUUCAAGGUCGGAGCUUGAAAAGCUACGAGGAUCUUGAUCACGUCGCUGGUGGGGGCAGCGGUGAACUGAAUUAUUAA